AUGGCCGCUCUCCGGCAACCAUUCGGAGGGCAAUCUGAUAUAACUUUUCCUACCUUUAACAAAAAAUCAUUCUCUGAGCUAUUUGAUAAUACGGUAACGUCGAGACCUACGUUCAAAGUCAAUGCCAAGGUGUCGUCUCAUAGAGGUGAACCAGCGAUUUUGUUUGCACAAGCAGGUCUGGAGAUGUUAGCUACGCCAUAUAAGUUUGCUUUGGUGGGGAAAUUCUCGAAGGGAAGGCCUAAGAUAGAGGAUUUGAGGAAGUUUUUCCACUCGCUUGAUCUAAAAGAGGAAGCUUCGGCUGGUUUGAUGGAUUCCAGACAUGUUUUAAUAAGGCUGGGCACAGAGAUAGAUUUUCAUAGAAUAUGGGCAAGGGGUAUCUGGUAUGUUUUUGGGAUGCCAAUGAGGGUUUUCCGGUGGUUGCCAGAGUUUCAUGUUGACCGUGAGCCAUCAGUAGUUCCAAUAUGGUUCCAAUUGCCAAAGCUACCAAUUCAUUACUUUAACAAGGAAUGCUUGUUUCAAAUUGUUUGCUGUGUGGGCAAGCCACUAUUUGUUGAUGCAGCCACGGCUUCUGGCUCUCGUCCAAGUGUGGCGAGAGUCUGUGUGGAGAUUGAUUCGCUUAAGUCGUUUCCAGGUAGAGUAUGGAUUGGCAAUGGGGAUCAUGGGGGUUUUUGGCAGCACUUGGUUCCAGAAAAUAUCCCUAGGUAUUGUUCCCAUUGUUUUUGGCAAGGACAUGAUCAGGUUGACUGUCGUUUCCUCCACCCAGUAUCUCGGACAGAAUAG